GCGAUCUGUCUCGAAGUAUUUGAUAGUUCAGAGACCGUGCGACGAUUGAAGUGUGAGCAUGUCUAUCAUCAGGAAUGUAUCGACCGUUGGUUCCGAGGGCGGCAUUUCACGUGUCCGUUAUGCAAAUCAAUUUAUGUGGCACGGCCAGUCAGCGAUGCAUCAUGUUAA